AGGAGGCUGAAGCUGCCUAGAAGAGGGUCAGUGUUUUACCAAGUCACUGCUAAAUACCUGUACUGCACAUCAAGAAAUGACUUCUUUGGGAACUAGCAGCCAGACGGCAACUGAAUAUGUGGUACGAGUUCCCAAAAAUACCUCCAAAAAAUAUAAUAUUAUGGCCUUCAAUGCUGCCGACAAAGUCAACUUUGCUACUUGGCACCAGGCAAAGAUGGAGCGAGAUCUCAGCAAUAAGAAGAUCUACCAGGAAGAAGAAAUGCCUGAGUCAGGAGCUGGGAGUGAGUUCAACCGUAAGCUGCGAGAGGAGGCACGGCGCAAGAAAUACGGCAUCAUCUUAAAGGAGUUCAAGCCAGAGGACCAGCCCUGGAUCCUGAAAGUCAAUGGCAAGACUGGGCGCAAGUUCAAAGGUGUGAAAAAGGGUGGCGUGACAGAAAACACAUCUUACUACAUCUUCACCCAGUGUCCAGAUGGUGCCUUUGAAGCCUUCCCAGUUAAUAACUGGUAUAACUUUACUCCCAUUGCCAAACACCGUACAUUGACUGCAGAGGAAGCUGAGGAGGAAUGGGAGAGGCGAAACAAAGUGCUGAACCAUUUCAGUAUCAUGCAACAGCGGCGGCUGAAGGACCAAGGCGAAGAGGAAGAGGAAGAGAAAGAGAAGAAAGGCAAAAAGAAAGGGAAUGAUUUGAAAAUCCACGAUCUGGAAGAUGAUCUGGAAAUGAGCUCAGAUGACAGCGAAUUCAGUGAUGCCGAUGGUGAAAAGCCAACCAAACCCAAGAAGAAAGCCCCUCUCACAAAGAAGAAGAAGAAAAAGAAGGGAUCUGAUGAUGAAGCCUUUGAAGACAGUGAUGAUGGGGACUUUGAGGGCCAGGAGGUGGACUAUAUGUCUGAUGGCUCUAGUAGCUCAGUAGAGGAAGUGGUGGGAAAGCCCAAGACAACCAAUGAAGAAGACAUCCCCAAAGGUAUAGAUGAAGCAAGCGAGAGUAGUGAAGAGAGUGAGGAGGAGAAGCCUGCAGAGGAGAAGGAAGAGGAAGAGGAGGAGAAGAAGGUCCCCACUCCACAGGACAAGAAGAAGAAGAAAGAUAGCAGUGAUGAAUCUGAGACAUCUGAGGACAGCGACAUUGACAGCGAAGCCUCUUCAGCGCUCUUUAUGACGAAAAAGAAGACCCCUCCCAAGAAGGAGCGCAAGGGCUCCGCCAGUAGCUCACAAGGGAACAGCCGCCCAGGGACUCCCUUGGUGGAUGCCAGCAGCACCUCCUCCACAUUGCGGGCUGCAGCCAAUAAACUGGAGCAAGGCAAGCGGCAAGCAGGUUCUGGUGAAUUCCCUGCUGCCAAACGGCUGAAACUGGAAAGUGGAAACCAGGCUGCUACAACAUCUGGGAAAUCUACCCCCCAACCACAGUCGGGCAAGUCAACUCCCAGCAGUGGUGAUGUACAGCUGACAGAAGAUGCUGUCCGCCGUUACUUGACCCGCAAACCCAUGACUACCAAGGAUCUACUGAAGAAGUUCCAGACUAAGAAGACAGGGCUAAGCAGUGAGCAGACAGUCAACGUUCUGGCCCAGAUACUUAAGCGUCUGAACCCCGAGCGCAAGAACAUCAAUGACAAGAUGCACUUUUUCCUCAAAGAGUAAGAAGGAUUGACACUUGAGUCCAAAUACAAACUGGCCUUUAGCUCCUGCCAUCUGUCCAGGCAGCUCUGAGUCUCUUACUUUUGCCUGGAAGCUGUGGACCUAGGAACAAGCUUGUGAGCCAUCUCAAGACUGAGGACAGUGGACGAAGGGUCAGGAUAUUGACUGAGCCUAUAGUGGGGCCGAGAAGACAUGGCCUCUUGGGGGAUAAUUUUCAGAUCACCCAAAUGACAUGCUACCAUUUGUGGAAAUAAAUCAGAGGAUGUCUUUUAUAACCUUUUCCCUGCAUUGAUUCCUGUCCUAGAAGAGCUUAGUAGGAAAAAUAGUCAUCUUCCAGAAGCUGUUUACAACUUGCUCUGUUCUCCCCUAGUCUGAAGCACAAAGAUUCAGAAAAAGCUGGCUCACAAUUUAUUUCCACAUAGUUAUUCUCUGUACAUUCUGGCCAACAGAGGAAAGCUUUGUCUUGGAAUACCCUGCUGUGAGUGGUUUCCUUUGGCUGGAUUCACAUAGUUAUUUUUCAUUUGCAAUAACUGAAAUCUGGGCUCAUUUACAUCUUUGCGAUAAGAAUUACAUAUAAAUGUUGGCUUAUAGUUUUUUUUUUAAUAAGCUGCAAAUUUUAGUCUCUGGAAAAGAUGAAAAGAAAUUAUGCAAACAGCAUAGAUUCAUUUUUGUGCUUUGUGAUUAUUUGGGUGAGAAUAGCUGCAGAAUUGCUUUGGUUGUUUUCUUUUGGGUAUGAGUAAUUGCUGGGAUAGUGCAGAAAAACAAUUUAAUCAGUAUUUCUCAGUUGCAGUCUUAUUUAUACCAUACUUUUAUGUGAUAGUACGUAAUUUUAGGCCUUUGGUUGUCCUGGUUGCAGCAAUGGUGUCAUCACUGGACAGAGCUCUGGACAGAUCCAAAUGGGCAUAAACAUACAUUGGCUGAGGACUUCUGUACUUCUUCACUCCAUUUUUAGUUGCUGCAGAUCAUGCCUUCAUCCAGACGAGCAUUUCAGAGCAGCGUUGGCAAAAAACCCGAACAAAAGAAACAUUAAAAUUGCAAAUACAGUUUAAAUGCCA